UAACUAACAUAAAUUAUAAUAGGUAUAAAUCUUUGAAAUAACUCCUUACUCCUUUUUUUGUAAUUAAUUAGUGACUUUUAUCGGUUGCUUGCUAACUGGUAACACUGUUUAAAAAAUCGAUGACAAAUUUAGGUUAUGUUUAUGACAUUAGUAAUAAAUCGCCCUUUAUUUUUAAAUUUAAAAGUAAAUAUUUACAUAAAAUGAAUUGAAUUGAUAUUAUGUUAGCCGUUCAUAAAGAUGUUGUGAAUAUUGUGCAAGCUAAGUUCUUGUCUGCUGAGUUGGUGAAAAGUAUUCACCUAAAUGUUUAUACAUUGGAGGAAAUCUGGCCGAACGAAAACCGCAUUUUGGCCUUAGUUGAAUACAAUAAGUCAUUUGCUUUAUUUGUACUUAUAUCAUCCAAACCUAGACCUAACAGUAUAUCGGAUCUUUCCAUUGAAACUGUCACUCCUAUUGAUGAAUUUUUCUCUUGUAAUACGGAACCUAUAGAAGAUAGUCAAAGCCAUAUUAUUUUUAUUAUUACUUAUAAGAAAAUUAAGAGGGCAUUCAAAAUUGAAAUAGGAGUGGAAAGUUCUAAUUUUGCUUCAGAAGUAAUUCGUUCACAAGAAUUUUCCGUUUAUAGUAAGCCAAAUUUUGUUUGGCUGGAUAAAUAUAUAGGUACAAUGAAUCAACCAAGCCGGAGUUCCGAUAUAGACCAGGAUGAUAUUCCUGUUACUAGGCAAAAAAUUGCUCAAGGUCAAACAUCAAUCAAUAGAGAAUCUAUGUUAAAGUAUCAAUUGAAGUUAAAAGAACCGGAGUUUACCCAGAAACAAGAAUUUACAAUAUUUGUUGGUACAUGGAAUGUGAAUGGACAACCUCCAUCAAUAUCACUAAAGAAUUGGUUAAGUUACGAUGAAAAUCCUCCAGACUUAUUUGCAAUUGGUUUCCAAGAAAUUGAUCUCAGUAAAGAGGCUUUCCUAUUUAAUGAUACUCCAAGAGAAGCUGAAUGGUACAAAUAUGUGACAGAAGGUAUACAUCCUAAAGCUAAAUAUAAACUAGUAGGAUUAGCCAGAUUAGUUGGAAUGCAAUUAGUAGUCAUGGUAAAUAGUCAGCAUUACCAAUAUGUGAAAAAUAUAUCUGUAGAUACAGUUGGGACAGGGUUAUUAGGUAAAAUGGGAAAUAAAGGAGGAGUAGGCGUUAGACUAGAAUUACAUAAUACGUCAUUAUGUUUUGUAAAUUGCCAUUUAGCAGCUCAUGUAGAAGAAUUUGAACGGCGGAAUCAGGACUAUAAAGAUAUAAAUGCAAGAAUGAAUUUUAGAAAAAGUCCACAAGCAAUUAAAGAUCAUGAACAGGUGUAUUGGUUAGGAGAUCUUAAUUACCGUAUAACAGAUUUGACUACUACACAAGUCAAAACGUUGUUGAUAAGGAAUGAAAUGCCAACACUUUUAAGAGCCGAUCAAUUGAAUCAGCAAAAAGAAAGGGGAAACGUACUGUUGGAUUAUGAAGAGGGUGACAUCGCUUUUCAACCUACCUACAAGUACGAUCUAAAUACAGAUACAUAUGAUACAAGUGAAAAAGCCAGACCACCCGCAUGGACUGACAGGAUACUGUGGAGAGGAAGAGGUAUUUACCAAGUGCAAUAUAGAAGUCACAUGGACCUACGAAUAAGUGAUCACAAGCCAGUAAGUGCCCUCUUCAAAUCAGAGAUUAGUGUUGUAGAUCCCCUCAAGUAUAGAAAGAUUCACGAAGACCUACUGAAGAAAAUGGACAAGUUCGAAAAUGAGUACUUACCACAAGUUACUGUUGAUCAGACAGAAGUUGUGUUCGACUUGAUUAAGUUUAGAGAACCGCAAACUAGAGAAAUUACUAUCGCCAAUACUGGAAUGGUGCCAGCGGAAUUUGAGUUUAUCAAAAAGUUAGAGGAAACAAGUUAUUGUAAAGAUUGGAUGAGAAUAAUACCUUACUGCGGCAGUAUAAACCCAGGAGAAAAAUGUGAUGUAAAAUUAGAAGUAUCAUUGGAGACUAGUCUUUCAAAAAUAUACGAUAUUUUAAUUUUGCAUUUAAAAGGAGGAAAAGACAUGUUUAUAAUAGUAAGUGGUGAGUGUCAAAAAUCUAGUUUCACUGCUUCCCUUGCCGCAUUGUGCAGAAUACAAGUUCCAGUAAUGCAAGUUCCUGAUGAUCAAUGGAGGUUAGCGGAAAAUGGAGAAUCUGGAGUAUUAUAUUCAGUUCCGCGAGAAUUAUGGUUGCUAAUAGACUAUAUUUAUCGACAUGGAAUGAAGACUAAAGAAUUGUUCGAAUCUAGCGCUCUGCACGAAGAAAUUAUUAGAAUAAGAGAUUGGUUAGAUUUUGGUUCCUUAGAUCCAUUCCCUGGCACUGUUCAGGCUGCUGCUGAAACUCUAUUGCUGUUUUUAUCAUACACAAAGGAUCCUGUGAUACCCUUUGAACUACAUGACACUUGCAUCGCUGCAGCUAGUAAUUACCAAAAUUGUCGUCAGAUUAUAUUUCAAAAAGUUUCCGACCUUCACCGCAAUGUGUUUCUGUAUGUUUGCAUGUUUCUCCAAGAACUCCUCAAACAUCAGAACGACAAUGGCUACGAUGCCAAAACGCUUGCCUCUCUAUUUGGAGACAUUCUUCUUCGGGAUCAAAUUCGCAAUUCUAAACCUCAAGCGUCAAGGGGGAAGUCUAAUUUUGUAUAUAACUUCUUAGUCAACGAUCUAAGCUCCUCGAUAAUUCCACCAAAGUAGUUUGAAAUAAAUUGGUUUUUAAACUUUGUAUCAAGCCAGCUAGUAAAUCAGGUGGAUGGAGUACUAUUUGCGAGAAUGAUAAGGUGCAGGUCAAAAGGUAGCGACAAUAAAAUCAUGCCAAUUGUUUUAAACCUUUAAAAUAUUUAGUUAUUUGCAGCUGUAAGGUGUAUAAUAACUGUUUCGAUAUACCAAUGCAAUAAGAGGACAUUUGGAGUUUAACAGUCGGCACGAGAAAAGAGGGCCCCUUGAAUUUUUGUUAAAAUGGUCGAAACACACUUUAUUUUUUAUUGUAACUUUUAUCAACGAUUGUCAUGCUCUGAUAUAAGGUUUUGAGAUAUGUUUUCAGAGAACUAUGCAGUGCUAGUCAAAAGGAAAUAAACGGAUGUAGGCUUCUCAUAACAGCUGACGUAAUAGCGACAGCUGACGUCUCAGAGCCACUUUGAUCGAUAAUUUUAAAUGGCACCUUAUGGCAAGUGAUAUCUCGCUUGAAAGGUACUGAAAAUAUCUAUUCAGUCAUACUAUAAUCAUCAUGAAUAAAUUAAAUAGAUACAAAAUUGUAGUUUCGCAUUUAAUUAAUAAAAAUUCAAACGUCCGCCUAUGGUUACUUAUCAAAAAGUUGACGUUUUUCAAUUCUCUAGUUGUUUUUACGUCAACAUCAACUUUGUGACAAAUAACCAUAGGCGGACCUUUGAAUCUAUAUUAAUUAAAUGCGAAACUACAAUUUUAUGUUUAUUUAAUUUAUUCUUCAAAAUCAACUUUAACCCAAACAAAAUUAGUAUGAUUGAAUAGGUAUUUUCAAUACCUUUCAAAGAGAUAUCACUUGCCAUAAGGUCCCAUUUAAAUUUAUCUGUCACAGUGGCGCUGUAACGUCAUCUGUCACUAUUACGUCACCUAUUAUGACUAGUUGAAAAGCCUACGUCCGUUUAUUUCCUCCCACCAAAUGCCACUGUUAUAAGUAUAACCGUUCAAAAGAUACGAAGAGGACCGGACUUUUGACUAGCACUGUAUAAAGUUACAAAUAAGACCAAUUGAUACCUAUUCGAUUAUCUUCAUAGACAAAAUAAAAAUAAUAAGGAAACAUAUACAAAAUAAUUCUGGAUUUAAUUAAUACCUCGUAUUAUCUCUACUAGCCUGUAUAACGGCAUUCAUUCUUCUGGGUGUUCUGUUAGUUCUGUUAAUUAAGCUUAAAACUUCAGUGUGUAAAAUUGUUUCUCAUUCCUUGAAAAGAGCCUGUUUGAGAUAAACUUUGAGUUGAUCUAAGGCUUAAGGUAAGAAAAACAGGUAACCGGCUUCGAAUACUUCUACCAAGACUGUUAACUCUAUAGUAGAUGAAUGACGAUUUCUUAGUACUGAAAACAUUAAACGGGCGUCCCGAUGAGUAGAUCUUCUGUGGAGACCUGGUCCAGGACAUCGAGUAUAAGCUUAUGAUUCUAUAAAACGAGUAAAGACACGUUGCACUGUACUGCGUGAAAUUCUGUAUCUGCUAGCUACGUAAACUUGACUUCUUCUGUCCUGAAUAAGAGCAACAAUAGAUGUCACAAUUUCUGCAUUCAAAGACAUCUUCAAAUUGCCAAGAAUUGAAACAAGUUCAAUACAGAAAAACAAAUAUAUUAUAGUAAAAACAAUAAUUGAAAGUUCGCAGGCUCCUUGUAACACUGAAGUAAUUGGAUAGGUACCAAUUUGUUAUUGUAUUUUUUUGUAUUAAUUUGUAAGUUUGUAUAGUUCUCUUUAAAUUAAAGUUUUUCAUACGCACUUUCUUUCCAAAACAUGCCUUAAAACCUUCUAUCAGAGCAUGCAAUCAUCGAUAAAAGUUUUAAUAAAAAGAUGAAGUGUUUUUCCUUCGACAAUUUCAUUAAAAAUUCAAGGGGUGCCCGUUUUUCAUGCCGAUGAGUGUAUGUAUCAAUGUAUGUACUUCAAAGGAUACAAUACUGGUAUAAUUCAAGAUUAAACAGGAUUAAAAGUCAAUGAUUCUAGGUUUUCAUUCUCAAAUUUAACCAAAACCAUCCAAAUUAAAAGUGUACACGAAAUGUAUGUCCUUGUUAAUCCUAUGUUUAAAGUGUACGGGAAAUGUACAUCCUAUUUUUGUUAAUCAAGGAGCAUGACAUAAAAUGUGUCCGGCACAAUGAAAUAGGAGGUCUUAUUAUUCAUUUAUUAUCAAUAAAUACUUUGAUGUACACUCUAGGUAGUUUAUGUUUAUUUUUAAUACUAGAUUUCUGUAAUGAUUGUUUUGAAAAUUGCUGUGAUGGUAUCUCCCUUCGUUUGAGAUAUAAUUCCAGAAAUAAUCCAGCGUUUUAGUUUAUUCCAAUAUUGCAUUGGACUAUCGAUAUCUAGAAGUUUGAAUAGUUUUUAGAUGAACAAAUAAUAUUGUUAGUCGAAAUAUGUUUAGUUAUUGCAGCCUUAAUUCUCUUUAGUAUCUAGUUGUGAAUAAUAAAAGUUGCUUUUUAAAAUAACACGGCAUUUGAAGUAUGAACGCAUUUAGUUAUUUUUAUUAUUAUUUCUGUUUUUAUUAUUAUUUAUUUUUUUUAUGAAGAUUUUAAAUAGAAGGAUAUUUAAUAUCAUGUAAAUUAAAGAGAAACUAUACUGCUUGACCAAUGACCCGUACAUUUGACUUUUUGAAAUAUAUACUCAUAGAAAAUAUUAAGCUGUUCAUUUACGGAAAACCGAAUUAUUCUAAAAGUGUGAAAACUGAAAAAAUAGUGUUAAAGAACCUUAACUUAAAAAUAAAGCACGAAGUAUUUCUUUUUUUAUUCAAUGGUAGAUAUAUCCGUCCAUGUAACGAUCACCGUUUUGCGCAGUACCAUGGAACGUAUUAUUUCGUUUGCAUGGAACCCAUGGAACGUUAAUUAUACAGGGUGUCCAGAAACUCUACCGACAAACGAAGACAGGAGAUUCCUCAGAUAAUUUUAAGACAAUUUAACCCAAUUCACCUAGUCCGAAAAUGCUUCUUAAGGAAGCUAGAGCUCUUUGAAGAUGGCGUCAUGAAAUUAGUUUUUCUUAAAUACUUCCAGAACGCUUCUAUUUGGAAAAACGAAAAUUGGUAUGUAUAUUUACUUUUCAGAAAUGAAUCGAUUUCAUCUAUUGCAAAUUUCUAGUACCGGUCAUAGGCGUCCGUUUUGGGUAGAUCAACGGGUAUUUUAUCGCAUAACUUUUUUGUCCUUAACUUUUAUUCAUUUUUGACACCGGAUUAUUAAAUUGUGAGAUAUUCUAGUACUAAAAGGUACUCUUGCUUUAAGUCGGUAGGACUUCUGUUUUCUAGAAAAAUCGAUUUGAAAGUUCUUCUUUUUGGAAUUUGAAAACAAAUUGAAAGGACUUUUCAACAAAAAACAAAGUAUUUUACCAACAUAAAGUAAGAGUAACUGUUAGUACUCGAAUACCUCAUAAUUUAAUAAUCUAGUGUCAAAAAUGCUCAAAAAUUCAAGACAAAAAAGUUAUGCUAUAAAAUAACAGUUGACCUACCCAAAACGGACGCCUAUGACCAGUACUAGAAAUUCGCAAUUAAUAAAAUCUAUUUAUCUCUAGAAUAUAAAUAAAUGUACCAGUUUUCGUCUUUCUAAACGGUUUUUUUUUUAAUUCAAAAAGUGAAAAAUUUUCAAAUUGAUUUUUCUAGAAAACGGUGUGUCCUACCGAUUUAAAACAGAAGUACCUUUUAGUACUAGAAUACUUCACAAUUUAUUAAUCCAGUGUUAGAAAUGCAUAAAAGUUAAAGAUAAAAAAGUUAUGCGAUAAAAUAACCGUUUCCUACCCAAAACGGACGCCUAUGAUCGGUACUAGAAAUUUGCAAUGGAUGGAGUAAAUUUAUAUUUUAAAGAUAAAUACGCGUACCAAUUUUUGUUCUUCUAAAUAGAAGCGUUCUGGAGGUAUUUAAGAAAAACUAAUUACAGGACGCCAUCUUCAAAGAGCUUUAGCUCCCCUAGGAAACAUUUUCGGACUAAGUGAAUUGAGUUAAAUUAUCUUAAAAUGAUCUGAAGAAUCUCCUGUCUUCGUUUGUCGGUAGAGUUUCUGGACACCCUGUAUAGUAAUGUGAUUGUUACAUGACGGUUCUCAGUCGUGUUGGAAGAAACCUACAUUUGUUACCAUCCUUCUCAAAUAAUUUGGUGCCUAAACUAUUUCUGAACCGUUCUUUCGGCGCUUCAAACGGCUGUGUUGAAUAAUAUCAAUCUCAGUCAUACAAUGUUUUAUAACAUUCACAAUAUGUGAAUAAGUAUUUUCAUGCAUAAGGAUGAAGUUUUUUUUGGCUUUAAGGUAAAACCCACACAGCCAGAUACAAAUUUUCUAAAAGAGAGGACAAGGAUUUAACACAAGGAUUACACUCUUCUCGCCCGGGAGCCGAUCAGGGCAUUUUAUAAGGAUGAAGUUGAUAGCUGAAGCAUCCAUACGAACCAAUAUAAUGCACUAAACACUCGAAACUAUCGACGGUUGAUAUCGAUUUCAGAUAAAAUAUAUCCUUAUUCCGAAAAACUUCUGAACCAGAGGAAGAUAUCUUCCUCUUCCAAAGAGGAAGAUAUUAACGCGAUGGGCAGACAAAUGAAGACUGCUGGGGUCCAUCUUGCAUAGGAGUACAUCUCGCAGCCAAUGGAAACAUACCUAUAUAAAAAAACUUUAAUAUCGAAAAAAAAACUGUCGUAAUUGGUUUAAGUUUACUUAUAACAGCAAUAGGUAUUUUGGCUUCCAUGUUAAAGUGUUUUAAGUAUAUGGUAAGCUAUUUCUCAUGAGGAUCUUUCAGUGCGUCACAGUUUUUCGAUUUCUUUCUAACGCAUUAAAUUGUAUGUGACAGAAAAAAACGCACGUCGGUGAUUACAUUUCGUCGGUGAUAUUUAUAACAUUUAUUCUAGUUGUCAAUAGAUGGCGCUCUAAUCGAAAAAAAAUUAUUUACUAAUUAUAUAAUAUAUAUCUACGAAUAUAAUCUGUACAAUUUAUAAGACUGUACAAAUCAAAGAAAAUACCAUUUUAUAAAUGCAAUAGACAAUUGAUUUGUUUUUAUGCCAAAUUGCAAAUAAAAUGGGACAACUGUCAGAUUUAACUAAAAUGUCAUGUUAGAUUAAAUGUCAUAAAUGUGUAUUAUUACGGACUUACCUUUUUUUCUGUCAUUUGUGACGCACUGAAGAAUGCUCAUGAAAAGAGGCAUAUACAGCGAACUCUCAAGAACUCUCCCGUUUUAACAUAAUAUAUAACUAUAGUUUCUAAAGAAGUGUUUAAGAAGUGAAACUUCAGAUAUAGUUUAUGCUGUGAUCAGAUAUAGUUUAUGCUGUGAGGGAAGUUAAGAAAAUUUCAAAAAUCCAUUAAGUUCCUUUUAAAUGCUAGUACCAAUAAACUUAUUCAAGUUUAAGAAGUAUGAAGUGGUCCGGGUUUUUGUCCAGCAGUAUAUAUCACAUUCGUGAUUACCCCUAAGAUUUACUUUCUGCAAUACGAAUUUCUAAUUCUACCUGUUUACGAACUGGUUUUGAUUUGUAUAUCCAAUUCAUGCUGCGAGUACAAUCUCCAUAAAUAUUUAUACAUUGUA